AUGUCGCUAACACUUAUUUAUACUAGUACAUGGUCAACGCUUGGCACACUUAAAGGCUCACAAGGCGAUGGCAAGCAGCCUGAAAAGAGACUCUUCUUCUUGCCAUUUUUUGUUCUCUACUUCUUCACACAAGUUAUUGUCAUGGACAGUGUUCGAACUGCAGUUCGUGGGAUUCCCACUCAAUUAUCCAUUCCCAUCCUACGCUCGGUCCUCAAGGCGCCAGCUCCGCUAGCUCGUAUCAUGAUGAACGAACUGACCGAACCACUCAACAGGCAUUUACCUUAUAUUCGAAAAGUAUACAAUGGUAGCUGGAACGGCGCAUGGAUAGGCGAAGGAAUGAAGGCAUUGGACAACUAUGAAGAUAUUAAGGCUAGAGUACGUUCUGCUGACGUGGUUAUCUUCAAUGUACAUGGUGGACCCUUCCGUGUGGGAACAUCCACCAUGUUCAUGAAUGCUUAUGUGGCAUGGAUCAAGAUUCUGAAGGAGAAAUACAAUUUGAAUGCUAUUAUCAUGUCUGUCAAAUACCGAUUGGCACCCGAGCAUAAAUAUCCAGCUGCUACGGAAGAUGUUCUCACGGCGUACCAAUAUUUAAGAAGAUCAAUGAAGAUUCCGCACGACAAAAUCGUAGUUACAGGAGACUCUGCUGGUGCAGCUCUACUCUUGGAAGCCAUGCUACAAACCCACGCUCCGGAGCUGCUACCGGCCCUUGCUGCGAGCACAACCGAUGCCGACAGAGAGACUGUAACGUCAAGCGUUGAUAACAAAGAACUUCCAGCCGCCAUGCUAUUAGUUUCGCCAGUUGUGUGUGCCGAGACAACGACUCCCUCAUGGAAAGAAAAUGCAAAAUACGAUAUGAUAAGACCAAAGUUGUUCAAAAAAGUCUUUAAAGAGUUCUUUGGUACCAAAGAUCCCUCCUCCAGAGAUGUACGACUCAUUGCCAUGACUAAAAUGCAAAAAGGAUUCGACCAAUUUAUCCCCAAAAACACCAUGAUGGUGGUUGGAUCGAAGGAAGUCAUGCGUGAUGAUAUUACAGAAAUGUCGUUGAGAGUAAUCAGGAACACCAGCAUCAAGGGCCACCUUGUAAGCGAAGACUAUGCUCAUGAUUGGUAUGUCAUUCGAGAUACUGUCAAAGAUAAAACUGUCAUCCAGCGAACCGAUGCUAUCUUUGCGGAAUUUGUUGCAAGCGCCAUUAAGGAAGCUCAAACUCCAAACCCAUUUGAUGACAGACUAGCCGUUAACGAGAAUGCUCCAAAGACAGUCAACAACGAUCUGCCGGUGAAGUUUACUCGUAACGGUGUCACCAUGAGAUUCAGUCGAAACUCCAUGCAAGAAAUUUUGGGAAACUUGGAUCAGGCUGAUACCUCUAAGGAAGGUAUUGCAAAAACGCUGGAUUCGAUGGCCAAGAUGACUGCAGACUUAUCGAAUUCGAAUGCAACACAAAGUCCACAACAAAAUCCAACUUCUCCACCACCCGUCAUUACUGUGUAG